AUGUCGGACCGUCGGAACUCGCACUUGUCUCCCAUUCCCCUGACUUUCGCGGGCGGUCAUGUGUACGCUGAAGGGUUCUACGCCAACUCUCCUCCAGUCGCUUUCUCGUCCAUGUUCGGUAGCGAGGGAGCGCUAGACAACUUAGAUGGUAACAAUGCUGCAACGAAUACGUCGAGAUUCGCCAAGGAGUGCGAGGUUGGCGAGAGCGGGAACGCGGCUUCUGAAAUGAUCGUCGGGGAAGCCGGUAACGGGGAAGAGAUGGAUCGUGACAAUAACGAGGGUCGGAUGGAGGUGGGGGGUCUGGAGAACAUUUGGACCGACGAAUCAGAUAAAAUCGAGAACGGGGAGGGGAGGUUCGAGGGGAGGCUGGAAGGCAGAUCGGAAGGGAGAUCGGAGGAGAGGGGAAUGGCGAAGGGACGCCAAGCGAACGGCGGGAGGGAAAAAGACAUGGGGGAUGCGUACGGGCCGACAGCAGCGGCCGGAACGGGCUGUGAUUGGCCGACGUGGCCUGAGUACACUCCGGACGAAGCCAUUGGAGCUGACUGGGCGGAGCUGCUGAAGGUCGACGACGAGCAGCGGCUGCGGUGGACGCCAGAGCUGCAUGAGAAAUUCGUGGAGGCCGUCGCCAACCUGGGAGGGGCUGACAAGGCGACGCCCAAGGGUGUUCUGCGAGUCAUGGGCGUGCAAGGCCUCACCAUCUACCACGUGAAGAGCCACCUGCAGAAGUAUCGACUCGCCAAGUACCUUCCAGAUCCUUUGCCGUCCACACCCCGAGAAAAGG